CCACCAGGACCUCCUGGUCCCCCGGGACCUAGAGGAGAGGAGGGUAACCCUGGUGAAAAUGGACGUGAUGGAACCAAUGGAAUUAUUCUCUCUGUCAAUCACAAUGUUCCCGGAGGUAAGAAGCCAAACUAUUCAAGAGAUAUACCAAUUUAGAAUAAUGUAGCU